AUGAGCAUUCUGGUCGGUCCAGCUGCGGGCGCACUCGUUGCCGGAGGCAUAUACUAUGGGUUCUCCUCGAUGAUGCAUAGCUGGACAGAGAGGCAUCGCUCCGACCUGCACACACUGUCUCAGCGGCUGCUCGAGGCGCCCUCGCAGGUGAACGCGCCGCCUGCCGCAUCCGAACGUAUUACGCACCACCCGUUCUCUUCCAUGCUCAAGGGCGAGUGGAACGCACAGGUCGCGACGCUCUUCCGAAAUGUAGGCGAGUGGAACCGGCGAGCAACCGAAUGGGGGCGGCGGACUUUGUAUGGAGGAGAGUCACGCAGAACGUAG